AUGACUCGGUGGGACCGCUAUCAGCACUCGGUGGCACUGCCCGUGUCCGGCCGCGAUAUAUCCAACCGUGAUGCCUCCACCAUCCCCAAUUAUUCCCCAAAUCCAAUCUCCCGGGCUCAGCUUUUAAAAGAGAAGGCAGCGACCUCCUCCGCCCUCGAGACUGAAUUCUUCAUUAUUGUUGACACCACGGGCUCUUCUCUCAAACCCAGGAUCGCAGCCAUCAAAAUGUCUAACGGAGGCUCAAUCGUGCUGCCUGCCAGGCCAAAGAAGCAACUUCGAAGACUGAGUUCUCAAGAUGCGACUCUCAAUUCCCUCAACCUUCGGUCGCCCACCGUGGUGGUGCCUCCAAAGCACUUGAUGGCACCAAGCGAUGCCCACGAGACCGCAGCAGCAUUCGAGAUGGCGAGGCAUGAGCUGGAAGAUGCGAACGGCCCAGCUUCGCCACUUGCCACGCCUCCAGAGACCACUGUUACCGACAAAUUCGCUUUUGCUUUCGACAUCGAUGGUGUCCUGAUUCGCGGCGGGAGACCCAUACCGGAAGCUGUUGAAGCAAUGCAAGUUUUGAACGGGAAGAAUGAAUUCGGCAUCAAGGUCCCCUACAUAUUCGUAACCAAUGGCGGUGGCAAGACUGAGCAAGAGCGUUGCAUUCAGCUUAGUAAACAAAUGGAGCUGGAAGUCUCUCCUGGCCAAUUCAUCUGCGGACACACACCAAUGAGGGAGAUGGCAGAAAAGUUUGAGACCGUUCUGGUCGUUGGUGGCGAGGGCGAGAAAUGCAGAGAAGUCGCAACAGGCUACGGAUUCAAGGAUGUCGUCACACCUGGCGAUAUCAUCAAGGACAAUCCAGACACUACUCCAUUCCGCAAGCUCACCGAAGAAGAGCUCAGCAACUCAAAAGCGCGCAACUUCGCGGAGACUAAGAUCGAGGCCAUCUUCGUGUUCGCGGACAGCAGAGAUUGGGCUGGCGACCAACAGAUCAUUCUUGAUCUGCUCAUGUCCAAGGACGGCUAUCUUGGCACACGCUCAGAGACUUUCGACGAAGGCCCACCAAUCUUCUUCUCGCAUAACGAUGUAGUAUGGUCCGCAUCGCACGAUCUGACACGCCUCGGAAUGGGUGCCCUGCGAUUGUCUCUCGAGGCUAUGUUCAAAGCUGUCACUGGCAAAGAUCUCCAAACAACUGCAUUUGGCAAGCCACAAAUCGGCACCUUCCAAUUCGCAACUCGCCUGCUGCAACAAUGGCGACGAGAUACACAUGGCAUCGACGCGCCACCGGAGACAGUCUACUUUGUCGGCGACACCCCAGAGUCCGACAUCCGCGGCACGAACGAGUUCAAUAAGACAUCGGAGAACAUGUGGUACUCGAUCCUGGUGGAGACCGGUGUGUAUCAGCCUGGUACCAAGCCAAAGUACGAGCCGAAAGCGAAGGUCCAGAAUGUGCUCGAUGCUGUCAAUCAUGGCAUUCAACGCGAACAACAACGCGCGAAUAAGGUUGCCCUCAAGGAGGCACUUAACAUCACGCAAGACAAACUCAACAGCACCGCUAUUGAGUACGACUCGAGGCUGGACACACCUGCGGUCACGAAGAGAGAAGAUCCAUUGGAAGCGGCUGUCUCGCAAUAG